AUGAAUCCAAAUCAUGUUAUCACAAUAGACCAAGAGGUGAUGAAGUUCAUGAACACCCAAAUGAAAAAACCACCAAAAUUACUACACAAAUCAGCUGGAUAUGACUAUUGUUGCAUAUUCCGAGUCCCCCAGAGUCUUUUCGAGAUCAACAGGGAAGCAUAUCAACCUCAAAUCGUCUCAAUCGGCCCAUACCACCAUGGAAACAAGCAUCUUGAGAUGAUCGAAGAACAUAAAUGGAGGUACCUGGAUGAUUUGAUCCAAAGAACAGGUAACUCAAUUGGAUAUUUCAUGGAAAUCAUAGUGUCAAUGCAGGAUAAAAUUCGACAAAGCUACUCAGAAUCUAUUGAUCACUUUUCCGCCAAUGAUCUUGCUAAAAUGAUGGUGCUUGAUGGGUUUUUCUUGAUUGAAUUGUUCAGAAAAGUUGGAAAGUUGGUUGAGACUAAAGAUGAUCCAAUUUUCAGAAUGGUUUGGGUGUCUCCAUUUUUGAUGAGAGAUCUUUUAAAAAUCGAGAACCAAAUCCCAUUUUUUGUUCUCCAAAAGUUGUUUGAUGAAUCUAAACCUGAAGUGUCUAAACCCGAUUAUCCCACACUUUCAUCUUUAAUCCUUGAGUUUUUCAAUUACACAGUCGAUAGGAAAAAAAAGAUACUAAAUGAACACAAGAAUACCAAAGGGAAACAUUUACUAGAUUUUUUCCGAAAAAGUUUCAUAAACCCUAAAGAACAAAACCCAGUUCCCACCGUUGACAUAUCCAAAAGCUCUUCCCAAAAACUUAUCCAAACCCCGACCAAACUCAAGAUCAAUAACUCUUACCUUAAACUCAUCCCCCCAGCGAACAAACUCAAGAUCAAUAACUCUUACCUUAAACUUAUCCCCCCAGCGAACAAACUCAAGAUCGUUGGGGUUAAGUUUAAGGCAAGUCAUGAACCCGAUAGCUUUUUGGACAUUGAGUUCCGAAAUGGUGUUCUUUCGAUUCCUCAAAUAAACAUGGACGAUUUUUACAGUUCGUUCUUUUUGAACUGUGUGGCUUUUGAGCUGUGUUAUUUUCAUUGCUCCAAACAUAUUACAACUUACAUUGUGUUCAUGGGAUGUCUAAUGAACACUUCAAGUGACGUGGGUGUGCUUUCGGAAGACAAAAUUAUUGAGAAUUAUUUUGGAACGGAUAAAGAGCUAGCGAAAUUUUUCAAAAAUGUUGGAAAAGAUGUAGCUUUUGAUAUAAAAGAUAAUUACUUGACAGGUUUGUUUGUGGAAGUAAAUGAGUAUUGCGAGAAUGGGUGGCAUGUGCAUUUGGCUGGGUUUAAGCAUACGUAUUUUGAGAGCCCAUGGGCUGCAGUUUCAGCUUUCGCGGCCUUUUUGUUGCUUUGUUUUGCGGGUUUGCAAACAUUUUAUACUGUCUAUCAGUAUUAUAAAGCUAAGAAAGAGUAG